GCAGCUCAGCAGCCUGUCCUCCCGGCAGGGCCGAGUUCAGAGCCGAGGUGCUGCAGAAGAAGCGGGAGGCCCUGCUGUCCCAGGAGGACUCGGCGGAGCUGGUGGAGGAGCACCGGCGCCUGAUGGCCUGGAACGAUGCGGAGAACGCCCGGCAGCGCGCUCGCAGAGAGGAAAGAAUUAGGAAAGAAGAGGAAGAACGGAAGAGGCACAAGUUACAGGCUGCAGAGAACAGGGCCCGGAUAGUGGAGGCUUUCCUGAAGGAGAAGGAGAAAGAGGUUCUCCAGCUGCAGGAGGAAGCCAAAACGUUCAUCACCCCCGAGAACCUGGACGCGCGGAUUGAGGAGUGCCUGGACAACCCUCGCAACUACAACUUCGCCAUCGACAAGGAGGGGCGCAUCGUCAAACGGACAGUGUUGUCUUAGUGGCUCCAGCCUGGGACAGGGGGUGCUGGCCUGGCUUCUGUACAGAGGCUCCAUUUACGAGCCUCCAUUUCUUCCUUUUAAUGUAUAAAUUGAUCAUGGAAUUGUUGAAGAAA